GGCCCCCCCAGACGCCUCUCGGAUUUUGCACCCCGAGCGCGCGCGCUGCACCGGCUCCAGGGUCGCCCCCUCCCCCCCGGCCGCGCGCUGCUCCUCCUGCAAGCGGCGCGAGCCUCCCCCCUGCCCGCCGCACGCGCCGCCCCGCCCCGCCCCGCGCCCCCCCCGCCCCGCGCGCGCCGCGGCCUCCACGUUCCAGGGCGAGGUUGAUUCGGUCGCGUCCGGCGUCUCGCGCCCUUUUCUUCUUCUUUUUUUUCCUCUCCCCUCCCGGGAUUCUGCAGCCGCGCGCGCGCGCCGCCCCCGGCUCCCGCUGCAGCCCGCCGCCGCCGCCGGCUCCUCCCCAGCCCCAGCAGCAGCCAUGAGCGGCUGGAGCUGCUACAUCGACCGCCUCAUGUGCGACGGCAACUGCCAGGACGCGGCCAUCGUGGGCUACAAGGACACCCCGUGCGUGUGGGCCGCCACCCCGGGCAAGACGCUGUGCAACAUCACGCCGGCAGAGGUGAACACGCUGAUCGCCAAGGACCGUAGCGGCAUCUUCAUCAACGGGGUGACGCUGGGGGGCAUGAAGUGCUCGGUAAUCCGGGACAACCUGUUCAUCGAGGGGGAGUACACCAUGGACCUGCGGUCCAAGACCACGGGCGAGGCCCCCACCUACAACAUUACAAUCUGCAUGACCAACAAGGCGAUAGUGCUGGCCAUGGGCAAGGAGGGCGUUCACGGCGGCUGCGUGAACAAGCAAUGCUUCGACAUGGCCCUUCACUUGAGAAACUUGCAGUAUUGACGCCGGCCUGGCACUCCGCUGCGGUACUACUGAUGCCCACCUGGCAGGGACCACCCGGGCCCCCGCCCGCCCCGGGCCUGGAGCACCCCCCAUUCCUCGCUUUCGGCUCUCGACUCUGGCCCGCCCUGUCUCUCCGCCACCUUUUCUAUCACAAAAA